AUGGCAAUUAAGUUGCUUUGUGAUUGUCUUCUGGCAGUUGCCCUUCUUGGCUGUCUGGUUGAAGCUCAAUAUUUUAAGAAGCCUAAGGACCCUCAAUACCCUCAAACCCCUCCAAACCCUCAAUACCCUCAAGCCCCUCCGAAACCUCAAUACCCUCAAACCCCUAAGGACCCUCAAUACCCUCAAACCCCUCCAAACCCUCAAUACCCUCAAGCCCCUCCGAAACCUCAAUACCCUCAAACCCCUCCGAACCCUCAAUACCCUCAAGCCCCUCCGAAACCUCAAUACCCUCAAGCCCCUCCGAAACCUCAAUACCCUCAAACCCCUAAGGACCCCUACGUGGCUGCAGAAACAUUUCACACUUGUGAUGCGUAUAACCAACACAAGGUAUUGUGUGGAGGUCCUGCCAUCACUAAUUCAGAAUGUGAAGCUAUAAACUGCUGCUUUGAUGGACGCACAUGCUAUUAUGGCAAAUCUGUGACUCUUCAGUGCACCAAGGAUGCCCAAUUCAUCGUGGUGGUGGCCAGAGACGCCACCCUACCCAACAUUGAUUUGGAGACAAUUACUUUCAAUAGCGAUGACGAAGGCUGCAGACCUGUUGGUGUCACUUCAGGUUUUGCCAUCUACCAGUUCCUUGUCACUAAUUGUGGCACUGUUUUGACUGAGGAGCCUGGGGUUAUAAUCUACGAGAACAAGAUGUCCUCCUUUUAUGAAGUCGCUAUUGGACCCAACGGAGCCAUCACCAGGGACAGCCACUAUCAGUUGAUUGUCCAGUGUAGAUAUAGUGGCACCUCAGUUGAGGCUCUGGUCAUUGAGGUUGGACUGCUUCCUCCACCAUUGCCAGUUGCAGCUCUUGGACCUCUGCGCGUGGAGCUAAGGCUGGCCAAUGGAGCGUGUUUGGCGAAGGGUUGUUCGGAAGAGGAAGUGGCCUACAACUCCUUUUACGUGGAUUCUGACUACCCCGUCACAAAGGUGCUCAGGGACCCUGUAUACGUAGAAAUCCGAAUACUGGAGAGGACUGAUCCUAGCAUUUUCUUGACUCUUGGAAGAUGCUGGGCAACUGCAGACCCCUACCCUCAUAGUCGUCCCCAGUGGGACUUGCUGAUUGAAGGCUGCCCAUACCAAGCUGACCACUACCAGACCUCCCUAGUCCCUGUGGAUAUCUCCUCAGGACUCUUGUACCCAUCUCACCACAGGCGUUUUAUUUUCAAGAUGUUCACGUUUGUAGGUUAUGAAGGUGCCAGUCCUGCGAAGGGAAAGACUGCCGAUCCACAUGUUUGGAUUCCUCUCACGGAAAAGGUGUAUAUACACUGCGAAACAGCUGUGUGCCAACCCGAUCAUGGAAAUAAUUGUGAACCUAGGUGCUACAGAAAAAGGAGAGACGUUAUUGCUUCUGUCCAGAGAGGCUUCAGAGAUGAGACCACUGUGGUUAGCAGUAAGGAGCUUAUCAUCACGGAACCAAGUCGGAGUAUUCAGUAA